CGGAGGGCCCGCGCGGCCAUGGCGCGCCCGCUCGCCGCCCUGCGCGUCCUGCUGGGCGGCUUCUUCGCGCUCACGGGGGCGGCCAAGCUCUCGGAGCGGAUCUCGGCGCCCGCGUCGGAGCAGAUGAAAGCCCUGUUUGUGCAGUUCGCUGAGGUGUUCCCGUUGAAGGUGUUCGGCUACCAGCCAGAUCCCGUGAGCUACCAAGCGGCUGUGGGCUGGCUGGAACUGCUGGCUGGGUUGCUGCUGGUCCUGGGCCCACCGAUGCUGCAAGAGAUCAGUAACUUGCUUUUGACCCUGCUCAUGAUGGGGGCUCUCUUCACUUUGGCGUCUCUGAAAGAGUCACUGAACACUUGCAUUCCAGCCAUCGUGUGCCUGGGGCUCCUGCUGCUGCUGGAUAUCUGCCAGGUCUUGGUCCAAACUAAGCAGCUGGUCAGACCCACUAGGAAGAAGACUCCAGGUGCAUUCAAGGAAUCCUGGGAGUAGAGUGUCUCUCGCCUCUUCAUGCCAUGUCACGGUCACAGCAGGAACAUGGUGGAAUACACACAGUCUACCACCUUAUUACCAAUAUGUCCAGGGUCGGCCAGUGUUGAAAUAGACGUCUUGUCUGCCUGGCCCUGCUUUCUGUCUCGGACAUUUACUGCUCUUUUUUGAGGGUACGUGUUACACAUACUAGCAUUCCUCGUGUCAUGUGAAAAUAGAAAAUCAGCAGAAAAAUUUAAAUCACCCAAAAUUUUAAUGCCCUCAAGUAACUGCUUUCAGUUCCUUUAUAUAACUGUACCUCUCAAGUUUUUUCUAUGCCUUUAUACAGAUAUUUUUUUUAAUGAAAAUGAGACCAUAUAUACUACUUUAUUACCUGCUUUUUAAACCUAAUAUACAGUAACACCAUU